AUGAGCUACUACAGCGGCUACUACGGAGGCCUGGGCUAUGGCUAUGGAGGCUAUGGCUGUGGAUGUAACAGCAUCCGCAGACUGGGCUGUGGCUGUGGUUAUGGAGGCUACGGAUACGGCUCUGGCUAUGGAGGCUACGGAUACGGCUCUGGCUAUGGAGGCUACGGAUACGGCUCUGGCUAUGGAAGCUACGGAUACGGCACUGGCUAUGGAGGCUACGGAUACGGCUCUGGCUAUGGAGGCUACGGAUAUGGCUGCUGCCGCCGUCCUUCAUGCUGUGGAGGGUAUGGGUUCUCCAGCUUCUACUGA